CAGAUGCUUCUCAGGCGAACAUCCAUGUUCGUGCUGCAGGAAGUGUAGCGAAGCAGCACGCGCAUGCUCAAAAAACCUUUCCGAAAGCCGAGGAUGUGUUUGCCACUAUAAAACGUGUUGAGCUGGAUGAUUGGUUGCAGCCACUCUGUCUCAGUGAGGCCCUUGGCGAUUGGCCGAUGGCAGUGUCCGUGGCAGACGUGGUGAUGGUGAAGACUGAGGACGACGACUCCAACGACAGUGCCAAGACACAGGUCAUCCUGCAGCUUCAUCCAAUCACACAGGGAGUUUGUGAGGUCACGGGAGAGAUGGGCACAGCUGUCGUGGCAGUGGAAACUCACAAUGAAGACAGCGAUGUGGAGGGGGCGGGGAUUGAAUAUGGAUACCCAAUCACAUGUGGGGGCAGUGCAGCUGUGCUGCUGUUUAAGAAGUUUGUUUGCCCUGGAAUCAACGUCAGAUGUGUAAAGUAUAAUGGUCAGAUUAUCAGCCCAAAGCAGUUUGUUCACUUGGCGGGGAAGGCCACCCUCAAGGACUGGAAGAGAGCCAUCCGACUGGGCGGAGUCAUGCUGAGGAAGAUGAUGGACUCGGGCCAGAUCGAUUUCUACCAGCACGACACCGUGUGCACCAACACCUGCCGCAGCACCAAGUUUGACCUGCUGAUCAGUAACACUCGCUUCCCCCCCCCCGGGAGUGCCCUGCCAGCGCCCCCCUCCCCGCAAGGUAACGGAGGUCCGGUUGCUAUAGCAGAGGACCAGCCUGAGGAGACGGUUGCCACGGCUGCGGAGUGGACGUCCAGUGUAGCCACUGCCAUUGCCACAGCAACCAAGGCCGAGAUCAAGAGGGAGAUGGGAGAGAUCUCCGAGGAUACCCUGAGCUUCUGGAAGGGCAUCGCGGAUGUGGGGCUGAUGGCGGAGGUCGUGUCCAACAUCCGCUCUGAGCUUCUGGCUCUGCUGAGAGACAUACAGCUACGCAGCGGCCAGGGAGCCCUGCAGGAGCCCGACGCAGCAGCAUUAAACACUCUGGCCCAGAUGUUCGGACUGCUGGACUCAGUGAAACGUGCGCUGGAGAGCCGGCGGGCCCGAACGGAUCAGAACCAGGAGCACAGACUCCACAGAACCCUGAACAGUAUGGAGCGGCAGCUGGAGGAGCAGAAGAAGCCGUGUGAUUGGCAGCAGCAUCCCCAGGCCUUACCCAGCAUGCUCCACAUGUCCCCGCCCCCAGCUCCGAAACAGCCCCGCCUCCAGCGUCCUGCAUCCUCCUCCACCCUGAUUGGGUCCUCCCCUGCCAUGAUAGGCUCCUCCCACUUCCUUGCCCAGCGGAGUUCUGGCCCCGCCCCCAUCACCUGCACCCUGCCACAGAUACCAAUCGGUUCCCAGCUCAGAACUUCCUGCUAUGACCCCGCCCCCAGCAAAGAGCAUUCAGGGGCGGGGCCACCUGAGGACCAGGGCGUGGCAGGGGGGGUGGAGGAUGAGGAGCACCAGGCUCACACCACGGCCAUAAAGAUCGACCCAACGGCAGGACAGAUCUACCCAACAGCAGGAGAGAUCAACCCAACAGCAGGAGAGGUCAACCCAACGGCAGGACAGAUCUACCCAACAGCAGGGGGGGGAGGAAGGGGGGUGGAGGAAGAGGGGCAGGGAGUGGAGGAGGAGGAGGAAGAAGAGGAUGGUGGCAUGCAGCUCUAGGACCAGGUGCACGUGGAGAUCAUCCAGCACCAGGUCAAGUGAAAGAGAGAGAGAGGGUGGGGAGAGGGGGAGCGAGAGAAGGGGGGAGAGAGAGGGAGGAGGAGAGAGAGAGAGGGGGAG